AACCAAUAUCAGAGCAUCUACCUUACUGCAAUACCUCUUGGCAAAUGUGCGUGUGGCUUAUUUCUGGGAAUGCAUCGAAGAGAAAGAGGUUUCCGAGAAAGCAAUUGAAUUAUCAUACAAAUCGCUGGAUCCUAACUCAACCACCACUAUUUUAUCUAACUUGUGGAUAUGGACUACAUGGUACACAAAAAAUAACAAUAAUCCUGUUCAUUGCCCUAUAACUGAUAUCAUAUGA